AUGACGACGUACAAUGCAGGUCAGACUUCUCCUACCGAUGCUUCCGAGGAUAGGAAUUCCUCCAUCUCUGGUAGUGAGGUCGAAAAUGACAAUCCCGACAAACAGCCAGAUAGAGGUAACGCCAGCAAGAAAAGAAAGAGGUCAUUGAAAAUAUCCUGCGAACUAUGCAAGGCUCGAAAAGUAAAAUGCGAUCGAGUCGAGCCUGCCUGUGGUUGGUGUGCGCGCAACAACCGCGUAUGUGUCUACAAAGAGCGGCAGAAGCCCGGUCUCCGCGUCGGCUAUGGACGCGAACUCGAAGAAAAAAUCAAUCGCCUUGAGGCGCUCCUGCAAGUCAUGGGUCGUCGACUUGAAGAGCACAUUGCUGAACAUGGCGACUUCUCCACUCACCGCCCAGGAUCUGUGCAGAUUGUUUCGCGGCCCGCCGCGUACUCUACAUACCCUCAAAACGAUCCGCGGCCUUCAAAUGCUAGCAUGUUCUCUCAAGACACCCCCGUCUCGGACAAUAGAUGGCCCGUCGCAAACGCCUACGAACGCAUGCAAUACCCUCGAGCACAAGAUGCAAUGUCUAUUCGUUCCGUUGUUGACAAUAGCAACCACGAGUUGAUGUCUCAAAGCGACCGAGGCACGUCUGCCGCCUGGUAUCCAACAUCGACUCCCGGUCAGUCACUGCCCGAUUCGGAACUGCCUCCGUACGAUCUGUUGUACACCCUGGUCGACUUGUACUUUAAACACGUCAACCCAUGGUCACCAAUCUUAGAUCGCAAGGCUACGUUUGAUGCAUUCUUUGGUUCUCAGACAAUGGAUGAAGCUGACCGCGUUCUCAUGCACGCUGUUGUCGCCACCACUAUGCGAUUCUCCAAGGAUCCUCGUCUGACUCCCGAAUCAAGAAGUCGAUUCCAUGAGAUUUCGAGACAAAAAAUCAUACUCUAUGCCAUGUCUCAUCCUAAUGUGAGGGCCCUUCAAGCUCUGGUUAUUCUCGCCGUCGACGUUCUCGGAACCUCGAAUGGUCAACAGGGUUGGAACUUGUUGGCGCUCACGGCGCGAAAUAUUGUCCAGCUAGGUCUGGACGUGGAGAAAAGCGCAUAUCUCGAGUCGACCGCAUACCCAUCUGCGACUUUACUUCAAGCAUCACAACCGAAAUCCUGGAUCGAGAAUGAAGAACGGCGACGGUUAUGCUGGAUGACAUUUAUUCUGGACCGGUACGCCACGGUGGCCACGGCCGACGCCUUUACCCUGGACGAAAGGGACAUGGACAGAUGCCUGCCUUGCCGGUAUGAUCUAUUUUCCCGAAAUGAACCGGUCGAAACACGAUGGCGACGUCGGGGCGCCCAAUCAGAAAUGACGGUGAAUACACCGGAAAACCUGGGGAGUUUUUCCUACCACUGUGAAGUCCUGGGUAUUCUGAGUCGUAUCCAUCGAUUCCUCCAUCAACCUCUGGACAUUACGCGACAUUCCGAUAUUCAAAGAUGGCGCGAGACUUAUCGAGAAUUAGACGGCGAAUUGAACGACUGGCUACAAAAUUUGCCUGGCGAAUACGGCAAAAUUUCUCAACUCUGUCAUUCCGAUCCUGGAAGUCGAAUUUCGAAUUGGAUUAUGCUUCACGCGGCCUUCGUGACUUCAGUCAUUCGACUCCAUUCAUCGGCCGCAUAUCCCACCAUCAAAUCUCCAGUCUUCACUCCUUCGUAUCAUGCUAUACAACGCUGUCUGGGCGCUGUGGAGAGCUUACGCGAAAUAGCCCAGGAUGUAUUCAACACUGGGAUGCUUGCUCUGCUCGGUCAUCCAUUUGCGUUUGCUUUAUGGGUUUCUGCGCGCCUCCUUCUGGUUCAUGCUGCCACCAUGGAGUGCGAAGUGGACCCGAAAAUCACCUUUUUCAUCUCUACUCUGGAACAAAUGGGCCAGCAUUGGCAAGUGGCACGAGAAUAUGCUAGAAUAUUGAAUGAUGUCGUGCAAGAAGGGAGCAAUGGGUCUGGAAGAACAUUCACCGCGAUGAGAAGACGAGCUUACGAAGUAAACCUCCUUACGUCUCAGAGACCCCGAUCAGUCCUUGAACCAGUCACCAAUCACAACUCAUCACAAAGUGAGCUGGAGUAUCUCGAGAUUUUCGACUUCUUCAACUAUCCCCGAUUAAAUGCAAUAGCCGGGAGUGGGUUUGACCCCUCUGUGACCAUUGCACCGGUCACAAACCAGACAUCAACGCAAGGCCAGCUAUCACAGUCAUAUCGAGCCACGCCGACCUUUGCAAUUCCCAAUCCCGAGUCUGAUUGGCUGAUAUUCAAGCCACCGUACGAGUAA